AUGUUUAACUUACAAACAGGACCGAAAGAAGUAUUUCCAUACAACUACUACAGCAGUGUUUUGUUAGCAAAUGACAACAGAACUGGUGUCAUUUCUGAAGCAUGUAAGUUUAUCCGGGAUGCAGAUACAUUCAUGAAAAACAUAGAUUCCAUCAAAGGUUGCAGAAUAGAUGAGAACCACUUCGACUUAGAAAAAUAUAGCACAUUUUAUUGCAAACAAGAUGUAAGAAUUUUAAGAGAAGGUUUUGUUAAGUUCCGCAAUGACAUAUUGAAAGAAUUUGAUUUAAACGUUUAUGACUACGUUAGUAUUUGUUCAAUUGCUAACAAAUUAUUUGAGAACAGAGUGUACUUCCCGAAUGGAAAUUUAUAUGACCUCUCAAAUAAACCAAGAGAAUUUAUUUCACGCUGUAUUCAAGGUGGAAGAUGUAUGCUGUCAGAUAACAUGAAACAAAAGAGCGAAAAGAAACUCAUUGCUGACUUCGACGCUGUUUCAUUAUAUCCAUCAGCUAUAGCAAGACUUUAUACUUUAGAAGGUAUUCCAAAGGUUAUGAAGAAAGAAAUGUUAAGCACAGAGUAUCUCAUGAGACAUUUAUUCGAUGACGACCAAAAGGAACCCAUUG